AUGUCCCGAAAUUCCAGACAAACCGGUGUCCUAGGCAGUAUUCACGGUUCAACCACGGGUAUUCGAAUGGCUGGUAGCCUUCAAUACGACGCGGACAGCGGAGAUUCAGGUCGCGGUCCUUCCGAAGACGGCAACCAGCUGAUGAUGUUGGAGAAUCAAAGAGAAUUGACAAGAAGAGGCACAAUUAAGCCACCAGAUGUGGAAAUAAUUAAAUCGGAGCGUUUGUCUCUACGACUACUCUUCCCCAUGCACCACUGCGGUGUUGAGAUUGCUCAAGCGGAACAAUGGUUGGUGGUCCUCCUCCUUGGCGAAGACAUAUUCACGAAUCCUAAGUGGUGUAACAUUGCCCUUAUCGUCGCCAUCAUCAUCUUCUUCUUCAUUGCCCUUCUUCGCCACUCCUGCGUGGAUGAUGUGGCUGGUUCACUACUCAGCCUCGGCGGUCCUAGCAGACUCGGCAUUUUAACUGCUAUUCAUAUCAAUAUGAAGCUCUUCCGGUCCCAUUAA